AUGUCUACUGAUCCGCCAAUGUAUCCAAAGAUUUCGAGUGCAUCGAUGGGUGACUGUGAAAAUAGAUUAUCAUACUUUGGUGAUAAUCACAUAUCAUGCUAUAACCGACGUCGUUCUAUACCAUUCAAUCAAAAGUGUAUCACAAAAUCUCGAACAAUGCCUUAUCCAUUAUACAGCGAAUGUUGCGAGAAUUCAUUGCCAAAUUCUCGUUGUAGUGCUAAUGUACUAGCUGAUUGCUUAAAAUCGUCACCUUUAUAUCGUCGACAAGAAUCAGAACGAUGGGGACAAGCGAUCAAUUAUUAUCAGGAAAUGAUGAAUAAUCGUGAUCAAUGCUGUACAUCACCGCCUAAUUCACCAGUCAAUUUAGGAACAUCACAUAAAUAUUCCGCCUGUGGUGCAUCAUUCUCGGCUUGUGAUUCACCACUGGGUGACAUUGAUAAUUUAUAUACAGUAGGUUCAUUGAGUGGAAGCCUAAUGGGAUCUUUUCCGUCAUUAACACGUGUAUCAACAAAAAAUCGAAGUUUACAUGGAACAAAUCCACAAUCUCGUGGUGAAUCAUCGCUUGAAUUAGAAGCAAUUGCUGCUGUACAUGAACUUUCAUUUGCUGUGCAAACAAUUUCAGUUUCCGAAAUACUUCCUCGAACACCGGAUUUAAUCUUUGUUAAUGUCACCACUACUGAAGGUCAACCAUACUGCUUGGAACUAACAUUAAAAGGUUGGCGUAUCACGUCAUUACGUCAUGAUUGCAUGCACGGUGACUAUACACGUUUGGAACUUUUCACCGUAUACUAUGACACGUUGUAUGAUUUAAUGGAUAAAUUGUCACCAAAUUAUAGAAAUCUUUUCAGUGAAAAAUUAGCACAAAAAUUACGUAUGCUUCAGACUGAUGAUGAUGAUGGUGAUGGUGAUGGUGAUGGUAAUGAUAAGGAUAAUAAUAAUGAUAAUGAUAAUGAUAUGAUAGCUUCAACACCAUUUUCUACUGCUACACAAUCAACAAAUUUAACCGAUAAUUUAGACAGCACUGAAACACCAAUUCGUCAUACAACUUCAACAGAUGACUCACAAUCAAAUGAUAAUGUUAUCAGUCAUGAUAAAAAUGAUGAUUAA